AUGAAAAAAAAUGAAGGUCCGGGACACUCAGUUAUGUCAAUGACACCAACGUUACAUCCAGUGGUUACAUCACGUACUUUAAAGUUAUAUUGCUGGCUCGCACAUCGGACAGAACCAAGAUGGCGACCAUUUUGUCGUUUUUGGUCUUUGAGUCCGCAAACAUCUCCACUUCACACGGCGAAUUUCUCGAAAAUGGGUGAGUAAUCUACAGUUUAAUUGAGCUCCUUAGUUAGCACGAUAUAUUCAGUUUUUGUAUCCACUUUUAGGUUCUUGGGAUGCUGAAGAGGACUCACAAACUUUGGUCAUUAUCAUGGUUCAUAGGUAG